GGCCUAAUUCUAGGAAAUGUUUGUCUGUCCCACAUGAGUUGCAAAUUUCUCCAGUGCUGUGGUGUCAUCCUUUGGUUUAAUAAGAGUGAAUUUUCUUGUAGUACUGGCUUAAAUAAAACAACUGCAAAAUACUGGCAUAACUUAGCUUCACUUUACGGUGUUUAGAGUUGUCAUUUUUUGAUUUGGUCUCAUUCUCCCAGAGCAAAUUUCAUAACCAUUACAGUAGAUAUUUAGCAGUAUUGAACACUUUUUUCUUGAUUCCUGUCAACGGUAAUUUCUCUCCUCCUGUACCAUCCCUUGUGAUGGUUUAUUGGGCUGGUUUGGCUUUUUAAAGAAAAUAUUUAUGGCCAUUUUUGUCCACAGUGUUUCUGCCUUUUACUAACAUUUUCCAAUUAAUUAAACCUUAAAUUUAUAAUUUUAUAUGAUAUGUAUUUUUCUAUGCAUAAUUAUCUUUGUUAUCUGAAAAUUGUAUUUCAUGUUAAAUCCCUGUUGCUCCUCUUAAUUAGCAUAUGUUUUUCACCUGCAGCCCAUGACCUUUUGGUGCCUUAUUUUAUUUAUUUAGAUAUGUUAUUUGCCUCAUUUCUUUUUAUAUCAUUACAAUCUUACCAGAAUCUACUGUACUAUUGUGCUUGUGAAAUUCUUCUGUGGGUAAUAACAGACUCAUUUUGUCAGUGAAACCUUAUUCCCAUAGAAAGCAUUUGGAACUGGCUACAAAUCCAGAAGCUCAGCCCCAUAUGCAGAAGUGCUUUCCACUGUCCAGCUCUCUGCCUGUGCCACCUUUCAGAGAGUGUUGAGGAGCACCAGCAGAUGGGGCUGAAACGCUGCAGAGCAAAGCGCUCCCAGCACAGAGUGAGAAGCAGGAGCGGGGAAUGUCGGUGAGUUUGAGCACCCGGUUAACUCUGCUGUCUGGUGAACUUUCCAGAAGAGGAGGCCCUGCUGCAGGAGGAGCCAAGAGGCAGAGAAGAGGCACCAAAAGCUGUGGAGUUGCAGCAGCUGUUGCCCUUGGGGGGUGUGUACCACAUUUCUGCCCUGCAGCUGCCACCCCAGGCCCAGGACAUCGGGGACUGGAGCAUGGUGGAGGCCAGCAGUGGAGAACUGAUGGCAUCAGCAAGAUAACCUAUGAAGCAGAAGAAAAGAGCAUCACCUUUAGCAUGGGUGCCUUUUACACAGUAGCCCUUCUCCAGGAUGCUCACCUGAAUCUGCCCUAUCAGGCCUGGGAAUUGCACCCUGCUGGUGUGGAUGAAGGGCUCUUCACAGUUACUGCAGUCUUUGCAACCAUUCAGAUACAAAUUAAGGAUAAUCAGUGUAUGUUGUCUUCAGUAGUGGUGGAAGAAGAGGAGAUGCUUUCCCACAUCACAGGAAAAUGGAUGAGUCCUUUUGCCCUCAGAGCAGCUUUGAAAAGAGCUGGAGUGAACAUUUUCCCAGCAGAGUACUCUCCCAAGUACGUCCCUGUGCUCAGGAAGGCUGCCCUUGCAGAAGUAAAGGCCUAUGAACAGAUGGCUCUGCUUGCAGCUGCUUUUGCUUUUGCUCACAGCAAGUGGAAUGGAGAAGCAGGGCCAGAGCAAGUUGUGUUCAAGGUUUGUGGAAUCCCACCAAACUCCCAGAGCAGACCAGCACUGACCCCUUCCCCAGUUAGACAGGAACAAUUAACUCACCCGUGCUGGCUUCAGCCCCUGCCUCAGACUGCACCUGGGAGCUCUCAGGGGACACAAGUCACAGCAACAAAGACACUGGCUAAGGAAAAUGGAGCUGGUAAGUCACCGAGGGAGGCUUUAGCCAGAGCUGGGGUGACAGAGCUUCAUUGCUCUUCAGAGGCCCCUCAAAAAUCAUCACUCUGCUCUGCCAGCUUUGUAAAGAACAGCUGGGACUUCCUUCCUGCCUGUAGGGUUUCUUUUGCUCCCUGCUGCAAAGGAGGGAAUAAGGAACCUCAGUGUUGGUUUGUCUCCACCUGUGAACUAAAACACAUGGUUAAAACUUCUCCCAGCCAGACAAACACUCCCACGUGUGGCUGGAGAAAGGUGACACACCCCACUGCUGAAAGCUGCAGUGGCUCUCUUGCUCUCAGGUUAAAUGCAUGUGACACACAAAUAUUAGAAUUUGUACUCUGACCACGGCACAGGCUUCACCUCACCGUGCAUUUCUUCCUGCAACAGGUAAGGGAACAUCUCACAGUGAUGAAAGUACAAAACCUCAA